AACUAAAAGAAAAAACUUUCGAUAUACAGAUAAGUGUACAGAACCAUCGUGUCCGCGAUAUUUGCGAUCCGCGAUAUUUCCAGCGAAUUCAAUUCGCCUUCCGUGUCGGUGUGCUUGUCGCGCGCUCUCGCGCACACGAACUCUUCUCUGUGUGAGCGGUGCUAGGUUGUAUACGGGAGUGUUCGCUGGUGGUGGUGCUAGCCAAAAGCGAAAGAGAGCAUAACGGCGGACAUUGUUCGUUCAUUUCAUCGUCAACUUUUGAGGUGUUCACAUCGUCGCUUGAUUGUUUGUUUCCUGGCCAUCCAAGGCCACGACUCGCCAGAAAACAGUCAACAUUGACCAUUGAGACAACUUGGCAGCCGCCAUAAAGAAGAGACGACGAGGACGACGCUCUCGCAGGCUCCAUGGACCUCACCGGCGAAGAUUUGCGUGUGAUGAGCGUGACCAACCAGGAGACCAGAGCCAAGCUCUUGGAGGUCCGCAAGGAUGUGCCCUUCAUACGCAGCGUGCGGGAGAGCCAUGGAAAUACCCUGUCCAAGGUGCAGUCGCAGCGCCUGCAGGCACUCAUCGGACUGCUGGAGCGAGAGAACGUCUCCAUGAUUACGCUGAACAAGAUCGAGCGGAUUGUGAACAAGUUAAAGAAAAAGUUCAAUCCGCGUUUCAGCGAUGUCAUCGACAUCAGCGAUCAGAAUUCGAACGAAUUGCCGUCUUGCUCUGCUGCGACUGCGGCCAAGCCGACGGAUGCGGCGGCUACCUCUAAGACGGCCGAUGCGAAGCCAAGCGAAGCCCCCAAAGCAACACCAGCAACUAAAAAGACAAAAGGCUCCAAGCCAACGCCAAGUGAUACCAUCAAGACCAACCCAGCUCCAUCACCGGCUGCAUCUCCAGAUGAUGGCUUGGCGCCGGACGGCGUCUUGGUCGCCAUGCAGAGGGCGCGCACAAAGGAGAUCGAAAUACGAUCCAAUGCGACGGCGCCGUUCACCCGCCGUACUGCGGUUAGUGCCAAGGAGACUGUUUCAUCGGCAGAGCCACCGUUUAGCCGCCGGUUGCCCAGCGCUCCUCCGGCUGCGGAUAAGUCCGAUUUUGUGCGUCGCAGCACGGCGCCCCUUGAACUGGAAGCCUGCAUAGAUAGCGACCAGCCAUCGCCGGAGAAGGAUGCUUACAGCAUCUCAUCCACGUCGUCUCCAAGUCCCAAUGAGACUUCAGCUCCAGGCAACUCUUUGGAGGAGGCACGCAAGAAACUGGCCGCCUUGCGGGGUGGCUCCGCUGAUGCUGCUACGGGACAGGAUCAGCCAGCUUUGGCCUUGGCCUCCAACAUGAACGAUCCGCGUGGUAAAAAGCGCGCUCUAAUCACCGCACUGCCCAAACACAACAAGGAUAACAGCUCGAGAGACGUUGUGAAUGUCACGCCGCCGCCAAUGGUGCGGAUAUUGUCGCCAGUACCGCCGGCGCCGAGUAUGAAGCCGAACUCUUCCUCGUGGUUCACCUAUGCCAACAUUCCAGUGGUGAACGUUAACAAAACCAGCAGCACCAGCAGUAGCAACAGCAGCAACAGCAUCAGCCAGGAGGAUCAUUCACCAAUGUCGUCGCGGCCUUAUGGCCGAGAUUCGGGCAGCGAUCCCAGGCGAUCUUUCAAUGGCAACCAAGAGCCCAGAGACCCGCGUGAGAGUCGGGAUCCUCGCGAGAGUCGCUCUGGGAGUCGGGAUCCCCGCGAGAGUCGGGAUCCUCGGCGAGAGAAUCACAAUCAUUCUCGUGAUCCACGCAUGAGCAGGAACCAAUCCUGGCAUGGGCCACAACAGCACAAGCAGAUUCACACGUCGCCAUACUCAGCCGAUCCACGUCGUGGCGCUGGCACUUACACCAACAACAUUGAUGAAACCACCCACUGGCAAGCCACCAACAACAUGAACAAUGGCAAUGGAACUGGAAAUCCCAACAAGUACACCAAACCCCACUGGGGCGCCAAUCCGAAUGCAAAUCCCAACAACAUUCCGGUGAGUAGCUUCAAUGGCUCCGCCAGUUCCAGGGGCGGAUUCCGCGGCGGAAGCCACAAUCCAACUAUGGGUCGCUAUGGCCGUUCAAAUGCGUCGGUACCUAGCUACAAUGGAUCCGCAUCAUCCGAGGCAGGACAACCAACCAACCAUGUGCCGCGCACCUAUCGCGAGCACAAGGAGGCCAAGGCUCGUGCGGCAGAUGCGGCCAAACUAGCGGAGGAGCUGCGCCUGCUGGAGGCGGAAAAGCGACGCCUCUUGGAGGCCGUUGAGAAAGAGAGUCAGCUGGACAAGGAAAAAGAGGACGCGGCAGCCGUGGCGGCAUCACCCACAAGUACAGUAGAACCCCAACUGGACACCUUGUACCGCAACUCAACGGGCGCAUCGGUCAAGAAGAUUGAUUUCCGUAUACCUAAGAAAACGCCAACGGUUGCCUCCAGCCCCAGUUCAGUCAAUGGCGAAGGGCAUGCUGAUGCUGGCAGCAGUAGCGCAAGCCCAGCUCCCGGCAAAUCCUGUAAUGCCGAAAAGAAUAGCGAUAAUAAUAGUAAUAAGAAAGAUGAUAAAAGCAAGAAGGACAGGGACCUGGAGAUCACCAAGACUAAUGAUAAGCUUAAGGGCAAGGACAAGGACAAGUCGGAGAACAAGAAGCAUCACAAAAAAGCAGACAAGAAGGCGGGUCGCAGCUCCAGCAAGGAGGAGAAGAAGAACAAAGGCAAGGAGAAAGAAAUUGAGAAAAAGUCCUCCUCCUCGCGCGAAAUUUUGGAUACGGAAAGCAUCGUCAGCGUUGCCAGCUCGGAGAACAAUGAAAAUCUGGAGAACGAGCCGCCUGUCAAAGAGGUCUACGGCCUGUCGCCAGCCUUGACCACCGAGGAGACAGACGACAAGCUGGAUCCCCUGCCCAUGCUACGUGGCGGCAAAAAGAUACCCACUCUGGUCAAUGGCGAAGUCAUGGAGAAUGGUGGUGCCGAAAACGUGGUUGACGACAUUCGAGGCGUUGAAGCGGAAGCGGAAGACAAAGCGGAGCUACCGAAGCUCUCAAAGAUCAAAAUAGUACUAGGCCCCAAUGCCCACUCCCAGCUGUUGCUGCACAACUCCGAGAACUCUGCCAAGACGCUGGACAGUGAGGACAAUGCCGCAAAGCCCAGCGAUUUCAAGGCCCUGGAUUUGUUUACGGACAAGCACGACGACACUGAAGUACCUGCUCCACCGGUGCAAGAGCUGCGACGGAUCAUGAAGCGCCGAUACUCGAUGGUGCCCAAGGCCAGCGUGCCAUUGGUGGACAAGUCGGAGAUCCUUACUGGCGGCAGUCUGCUUUACGAGGAUCUGCAAGAGCACAAGCGCCAGUCGCAGCGGGCCCGCCACCUGGCACACAUUUUCGAGAAGACCAGCGACAACUGUCGCAUCUCCACUCAAAAUAUAAUAACCGGCAAGCGACGCACACGCGGUGCUCCAGAGGCCUCCUUUAACGAGACGCAGCUGAGCCGACGCAGCUUUGGUUUGGGAAAGAUCAACAGAAGGAGGCGAUCGGCCGCGACUUCAGCUAAAGCCGAAGUCAAGCUUAGCGAAGCAACCCAGGCUAAGGCUCCAGCUGCCGCGGAUGUCGAGCUUAGUGAGUCAACCCUGGCUAAGGCUGCCGCUGCCGCGGAUGUCGAGCUUAGUAAGUCAAUCCUGGCUAAGGCUUCAGCUGCCGCCGAUGUUCCUCUUAGCGAAGCCACCACAUCGAGCGAAGCCAACACUCGCAAGCGUCGCAGGAGCGUUUCGGUGGUUUCAGAUGUCUCGAACCUGCCUGAGGAGCAACCAGAGCCUAAACCCCAAUCUCAGCCGCCGCCAAUGGCUAGACCUCGCCAUAAGCGCCGUCCCAAGCGCAACGAGCUGGAUAAGCUAAAUGAUGACAUAGCCAUGAUGUACUACGGCGAGGAAGUGCUUCGGGCCACCGGCCGUCGGGCGUGUACCCAGCGUUCGCGCACUCCCUCGGUGGCGCGUCGUUCACCGUCGCUGGAGACCAAUAGCAGCAGCCGCAUGACCUCACCCAUUAUAAUCCGUAACGUGGCCCGCCGGGGCAAGCGCUUCACGGGUCCCAGUUCAGUGAACGCGGGCUUAAACCGUGCCAGCUUCCAGACGAGAAGCUGUCUGGUCCGGCUUAAGCGUCAUCCAAGUUUGAAUAAAAUGGCCAAGAAGUGGGAGGAGCAGAAGAAGGAGGAGGAGGAGGAGAAGCAAAUCCAAGAAAAGAAGACGGGCAGGUCCGCCGCGAAGCGUCGAAAGCUCAGCUCGGAAAAGACCAUGCAGGAACUGCGGAAUGUCAAUCCCGAGUGGCAUGCCACUUCAGCGGUCACCAUCACCUGCGUUAUCUGCAAUGUGAAUAUACGAAAGAGUCCGAUCCUGCACUACAUCCAGAAUCAUGGCGAGCACUAUGGCGCCCGCAUGCCGCCCGGCAUGCUCAACGAACUCCGUGCCGGACGCAAUCAGCGGCCGGAUUACUGGAUGGCUCAGGGCGCCGCCCAUCUCUAUUACUACAAAUGUCCAUUUUGCGUGAAGGUGAUCAAUAUGCGCAGCAUGAACCUCGCAGAGCACCUUGUGACCCACACGGGUGAGCGACGGUAUCAGUGCUCGCACUGCCUGUUGUCGCUACAUCGUCUGCACAUCCUGCAGGAUCAUAUAAAGACAUGUGCUCCCGGCGCCACCAUCUUGGAGUAUGAAAACUGCGGCCAGUUGCCCAUGAGUCUGUACGUGUGCCAUCUGUGUGAGUUUGUCCAGGUCAGCAGGGAUCACAUGAACCAACAUCUGGUAAAGCAGCAUGGCCUGAAGGAGGAGGAGGUGCCGGAACUGGAGCUAGAGCAGUUGCUGCUCUUUACCAUUGACGGCGUGCCCAAGGCCAUGUCCUUGGCCGAGGGGCAGAAGAUAGUCGAGCGUAAUCUAAAGAAUGCCAUAGCAGAGACCGCCGCCAGCUCCAGCAAGGCCAAGUCGACGGCUGCAGCUAGUAAAGUCUCCAAGAAAACUACUAAACAUAGUAAAAACAAGGAAAACGACGACGAAGGUCCUAGCACUUCCAAGGCUGCCCAAAAGAAGGCUGCCAACAAAAAUAAGGUCAAGAUACGCUUUAAAAAUAUGGCCAAGAAGUCCUUGCGCCGCGUGAAGCGGGAGAAGGAAGACGAGGGCAAGGAUCAGGAUCAAGACGAUAAGCUGGAGGAUCAGGUGCUGGGAUCGCAGGAAGAGCUAAGGCCGGAAGCCAACACAGAGGCAGUGCUAACGACUAUAAAGGGUUUGCCUUUGCCACCGGCGGAGAAGGACAACCUGCUGGUGGUUAACGAGUGCCUGAUGGACCAGGAUAUGGAUAUGGAACUGGCGGAGCUGGCUGACGAAGAGCAGGCCCUACAGAACAAGGACCAAAGCAUGUUAGUUGAGGAAAAACCGUUGAGGAGAAUAUAUUUGGAAGUGGAUGAGAGUGAAGAUGUUGAUGUGGAUGUGGAGAGUGCCGAUGACGAGGUAUUAGAAGAGUCUGCCCAUCCAGAGCCUGAAAAGCCAACUGAAAUUCCAGCCUCUAAUCCAAAGACUCUGCCGGAUCUCACUCUGUCUGAGCUAGAUGCCGACCUACUCGAUGGCAUUGGCAGCGAUGCCUCCGACUUUGGUGAUGACGACACCAAUAUCGACGAACCGAUGACAGAUGAAUGGAUUGACCUGGAGACGGCCGAACGCAACCGCAAGGCGGCCAAGAAUCCCUUUGAAUCCUUUACGCGAUUUUGCACGCGCCUCAACAAGGGCAGCCGGGCGACGGGCAAAUCCUGGCGCUCAAAUGCCAGUGGUAGCAGUAACGAAGACAGUCACGAUCCACCCGAUCCCAGUGAGCUAUUGCCUCGCAUGCGGCCCCUGGAACCGGAGGUAAUAACCACAACAAACCAGGAGGAAGUUACACAGCCCAAACAGAGUCCUGCAGCUCCGGCGACGACUGUUCCUCCGAAGUCGCCGCUCAAGCGCGUCGAGAACGUGGCCUAUCGCAAAGGAGGAGUCAGCGGAAUGGAUGACAAGUGUGCUGCUGCCUACUACUGCAUCUAUCCGGGCUGCACCUUCCUCUUCUCCAAUGAGCUGGAGGGCCUUGAAAAUCACUUUGCCCAGGAGCAUCCAACUGUGCGCUGGACCGGCACCUGUGCCAUGUGCCCGCGCAGCCGCAAGAAUCCAGAUUCUCAGCCACACAGCAUAGCCGAUGAGCUGCGUCAUAUGAGGGAGGGGCAUAUGAAAACGAAGCCCAGUGUGGAGUUAAUGGAAGUGGAAUCACCUGCUCCGGAGCCGGAGCCUGAACCCGCACCCGUUGCUGCUCCAGUCUUUACGUUGCGUGUACGCCGCUUUACAGGUGACCGCCUGGCAGAGCCACAACCCGAGGAAGAGAGCCAGCCAGCAGCGGCAACUGGCGGCGUUGAAGAUCAACCAAAUGGCAUGCUUCGGGGUCUGCUGCAGGCGGAGCCACGUCCUCCGAACCAAGUGGAUUUCAAUGCCGCCGGUUUGGGUGAGUUCCUUUGCGCCAAACCUACAGCGCCGACACAGGAGCAGCCUGUCGUCACUAGCAACGGGAUCAAUACCACCAACGAUCAGCCCAAGGUGAUCAACUAUGCCAGUGGCCUGGGCCUGGCCAUCAGUCAGGUGUUUAAUGGGGCCUCCGUACCCAUGCCUGUGGUGAAUAGCCCCACGCUGGCAUCGUCGGUAACUGCACCAGCACCACUACCACCUCUAGCACCCGCAUCCGUUCCUGUCUCGGGAGAGAGCCGCUCUCGUUUGGUGGCGGAUCGCUUCCGCUGCAUGGCCGCCAACUGUGGCUUUUGUGCCCACACCGUGAUGUGCAUACGGGAGCACAUGAAGUUCCAUCGCUUCAGCUUUGGCAGCAAUGGCUACCUGAACUGUGCCUAUUGCAAUCACAUUGCCACCGAUGUGGAUGACUAUAUCCGGCACGGCAUCGUUGUCCAUAGUUUGGCCCCAAAUUCGGAUUUGCAUGGCAUCGCCGUGGAAACUCCGUCCGUCAGCCAGCAGAUCCGUGACAUGCUUAACCAGCGUGGUGCUGUCACUGUCCGUUCGCUGGCUGGCCAGAACUCAACGACUGUGGCUCCGUCGACUCCAGUUGAUGUCCUGCCCUCGCCAGCUAAUGAUAAUAUAGCAGGAAUAGUAGGAGUCGAGGCCGGAGGAUGUGCAGCAUCUGGACUGCCGGAUGUGUCACUGGCCACUGCAAUCACCGAACUGCUACGACCCACCGGCUAUAGCGAGGACAAACUGUACGCCUGCCCCCAAAAGGGCUGCAUUGUGCGGCUAACGGAGGAGCAGUUCGUCAACCAUGUGCGCUAUCAUAUACGCAGCACCCUCAACCAGGGCAGUGAGCAGAUCAAGUGCAAGUACUGCGCCCAGAUCCUCCUGCCGCCAUCGCUGCGCACCCAUCUGCAGCAGUCCCAUGCCCGCCACAAGCUUUUCUGCAGCAUCUGUCUGGCCACGGCGGUAAAUAAGCGGCUUAUGCUCUACCAUGUACGCAACCACCACAGCCAGGCCUUUGAGCUGAUCAAACGUCAGCUGCAGUUCAUCCAGUUGCCUACGGAUCCGGACGCGGGCGGAGCCAAGGCAGGAGGAGCCGUCACUGAUGCAAACAGCGUUUUCCUGACAGCCGUUGUCCAGCCAUUCGGUAUGCAGGAAAUGGAGAGCUUCAAGAGCCGGCUGCUGGAGGAGUUGUUGCUGCGCAGACAAGGCACGAAGAUGGUCUACCGCGGCUCCGAGGUGCGUCUCCUGCCGCGGGUUAUUUUCUUCCCACAGAAGCUGCGCUGCGGCGAGUGCAGCUUCAGCUCCGAAGUGCGGGCUGUCCUCCAGCGGCAUCUGUACGAGCACAAGGAGAGAAACGUACGCGAGGCCUACCAAAUGGACGAAUGCCUCACCGAAGCAGCACCAGCACCAGACUCCGAUGUCGAUGUGGAGUCGGUGGAGGAUAACGCUGUGGCUGCUGAAACCAUCCGGGGUACGGUUGAAGCUCAGGUAGAUCCGGCAGGAGUCCGGCCACCGGGACAACACAAGGCGGUGGUACCAAGGUUCGUGUACGUGCCGCCGGAUAAUCGCUACCGUUGCGGCUUCGUCCGCUGCAUCCGCCUGCUGGGCACAGAGCUGGAGCUUCGCAACCACAUGACCAUGGAUCACAGCUACACCGAGGAUAUCUUCUGUUAUCACUGCAAGCUGCCCCUGUCGGGCCAGACCAGCGUGGAAAGGUACCUGACGCAUCUGAUGCUGCACAAGCGGCACAUUUACCAGUGCGGCGCCUGCAUGCGCUACAACGAAAGGCGCUCGACGAUUGUGCGGCACAUCCAAGAGCGGCAUCCGCUGCACGAGGUGGACGUGGUGGUGCAUCGCCACAGCGACACGCAUCUGAAUACCAACGCCCGGUGGCUGAAGACGCCCAAGGUAACCCGCUUGACGCAAAUUGAGUUCAUGUGUAACCUGUGCCAGGUCAGCCUGCCCACGGCGGUCCAGAUCAUGGCCCAUGCGGUGGCCGCUCACGAUCGAAAGUAUCAGAUCCACUGCCUCUACUGCAGUUUCGGCAACAAGGAGUCCUCCGUGGUCAUUGACCACAUUCUUGACACCCAUCCCGGUCGGCGGGUGCAGCCGAUCCAAGUCUUCCAGCAAGUUUCCUACAAGAAGAACCAGACCCUUGGCUUCUACUGCAUCGUGUGCAUGAAGGGAGCGAGCAGCUGCCUACGUAUAGGCCAGCACUGCGAGGAGCUGCACAAGUCACGCUACCAGUGGCAGUGCCCGCACUGCGAAUUUGGGAAUCAACAGGAGCGCUUCGUAAUUCAGCACAUCCAGCUAAAGCAUCCGCAGAGGCUGGGGCUGGCGGUGAUGCAGUUUGAGCGAGUGACCAAUGAGAUUCCGGAUGCCUUGAGCUGGGAAUUGGGUCAACCCAUUGAGGAGGUGGUGGCGAUGGCGGUGGCGGAAGAGGAGGAGCCAGCAGCCUCGAAUGUGGUUGAAGGUCAAACGCAGCAGCAGCAGGAGCAGGCGCAACAGCAGAAGCAGCCGCAGCGGCCGCCGCAUCAGGAGCCACCAAAGCAGCCCCCAAUUGUCGACACCGAGGUGGUGGAUCUGCUUGCCUCGGACGAUGAGAGGGACGACACUGAGUCCAGCGAGAGUCCGGAAGAAGAGAAAAUGGUGGAAUUCGCUUGCACACACUGCUCCGAAACGAACAGCAACCUGCAGGAUUUGCGGACACAGCACUGGGCCCACGUCCAUGCCGAUCAGCCCUUCUACUUUCGCGUCCAGCCGCAACUCCUUUGCUCCGAAUGCAAGCGCUUCAAGAGCAACGCCAAGACCCUGCGCGACGAGCACCUGGUCAAGGUCCACUCCAUCCGGAACAUAGUGGCCUGCGAUGUCCGGCGGCCGGAGGAGUGCGCCUACUGUGAUUACAAGUACCACAGCUGGCAGGAUCUGGCCCAGCACAUCAGCAAGGCGGGUCACUUGCCCAACGACCUGAAGAAUGUGACCAACGACGAUCUGGCCGCCCUGCAACAGCUCAGCGCCAGCGGCCAAAACGAAUACUACCAGUGCGAUCUGUGCAGCGUGGUUAUGCCCACCAAGGGCGCCAUUGCCCAGCAUGGCCGGGUCGAGCACAGUAGGCCCGGCGAGCGCUUCUGCUUCCGCCAGUUGACCACGCCGCUUAUCUACCACUGCUUCCUAUGCAUGUUCACCUCGGCGGAGGAGCUGGUUACGCUGCGUCACAUGGUGGAUCACUACAAUCGCUUCCUCUACUGUCACUUUUGCGCCCGGCAUCUGCCCGGCGGCUUUGAUGAGUACAUCCAGCACUGCUAUUCCCAGCACCGUGAGGAUGUCCAUCGCUUCCAGGAGCUGCACUCGUUCGGAGACCUGCGCAAGUUCCUCAGCAAUGUGCACUAUCAGUUCCAGAACGGGCUGAUCAUCACGAAGAGCAGUCUGCGUGGCACGCGCUACAACGAUGAGAAGAUGAUGCGGGUGCUGUAUGCGGAAUUGAUGAGCAAGGUGCGGAGGCCGCCCUUACGGCUGCACAUAAACCUGAAGUCGGUGCAGGGACAGGGACAGGUUCCAAAUCCUCAAGAACAAACCCCAGCUGUAAGGAUAACCCAGCGACGUAAGACUUUGAAUCCAGACGAGAUCCUAAGGUUGUCCAGGAAUCAGUUGUCGCCGCAAAAGCGAAGACAGGAAGAGCCACAACAGUCGUCGCCGGCUAAGGUGCCCAAAACGCGGAUUAUCACCCCGGUGGCCAAUCGAUUGAUGAGCAGUACGACUGCUCCCUCGGCGCCCGCCUCUGCUCCACUGGUGCCAAGUGCUUUGGGACAAAUGCCAGCUGCUCGGGAGCCACCUGUGCGUAUAACCCAGCGCCGUAAAACCUUAAAUCCGGACGAGCUGCUAAGGUUAUCCAGGCUGAAUCAGCCGGGACAGGAAGAGCCACAACAGUCGUCGCCGCCUAAAGUGCCCAGAACGCGGAUUAUCACCCCGGUGGCCAAUCGAUUGAUGAGCAAUACGGCUGCUUCCUCGGCGCCCGCCUCUGCUCCACAGGUGCCAAGUGCUUUGGGACAAAUGCCAGCUGCUCGGGAGCCACCUGUGCGUAUAACCCAGCGCCGUAAGACCUUAAAUCCGGACGAGCUACUAAGGUUAUCCAGGCUGAAUCAGCCGGGACAGGAACAGCAACAACAAUCGCCGCCGGCUAAGGUGCCAAGAACGCGGAUUAUCACCCCGGUGGCCAAUCCCUUGAUGAGCGGGAUUGUAACUGCCGCCACAGCGGUUCCCCCUGCUGUUCCACUGGCUGUUCCUCCUGCUGUUCCACCGGCUGUCAACAUGCUGCGCAUCGUUAAGCGGCGCAACAGCUACGUGGUCCACACCGGACCCUAAAAAGACUAGAAACCAAACCAUUAUUACCGGCCAGGCACUGUUCGUGACCCGACAUAAUGUGUGGCGGCUGCUUUAGUUCCAAACUAAUCAGGGUUAUAAUUUUUUUUUAUUGUGUUUAAACCUAGAGUAGAAUACGUAAUUAAUAAUAAUAAUAAUUAUUACUAGAUUUGUAAGCGCUGGAGAGAAAUGACAAGCUCAAGGGAGGCCCAUUGUCGCAGGGCUCCCGAAAACGUACACAAAAACCACAUAUUAAAAGAACGAAUUGGAACAA